AUGUUUUUAGAACAAGAAUCAAAUCAAGAUAUUAAAAAUAAUCAGUACGGAAUUCCCUAUGAACAAUGUUACAUUACGAGUUGUUUCAAUAAUUAUGAACAUCAAAAUAAGGAACAAAAUGAUUAUGAGCAUAAGUGUAAAAUGAAAUAUGAUAAAAUUAUAGGAAAUGGAGCAAAUUAUAAUCCAAAAAAUACUCUUCAUGAUAAAAACAAUAAAAAAUCAAUAGUGAAAAAAUACUAUAAAAAAAGUGAGUAUAACAUAAAUAACAAAAACGAUAAUUAUAGCUUUUCUAGUAUUACCUAUUCUAAUAGAAAAAAUUUAAAUAAGAGUUUGAAAAAUUCUUUUGAAUCAAAUAAGAAUAACAAAGAUGUAAAUAUGGACAAUAAUUCUUAUAUAUGUAAUUACGAAGAUAAAAUAAAUAAUAGUGAAAUUAAUGAUAAUAAAAAUACUGACAAUAAUUCAUCAAACUACUGUUACAGAAUUAAGGAAGGUUCUAAGAAUAGUGAUGUUAAUAAUAUUACAGAAAAUGACAAAAUAAUUAAAAAUAAUAUGAUAGAUGAAGGGGAAAAUAAAAAUUUCAAUGUAUUAAAAGAUAAUUUACUGUCUAAUAAUAGUGAUGCUAAUUUUCAAAAUACAAGAGAUAUGAAUGAAAAUAAAAAUAUAUUGAAUUCUAAAUUUUUAUAUAUUAACACAAAUUAUGAUAAUGAAUAUAACAAUGAAAAAAUUAGAAAAAUUGUAUUUUCAGAAAACAACAAAAAUAAAACAAUAAAUACUUUAAAUAACGAUUCAUGUGAUUAUUAUAAAUCUAAAAAUUUAAAUGCAGUAGAACCAAAUAGUUAUUCAGAUAAAAAUUUUGAAAAAAACAGCAUCCAAAAAUCUGUAGAUUCAUUAUAUCUAAAUUCAUAUGAAACGACUAAAAAUAAAAUUGAAUAUAAUAAAGGGAAAAAAAAUGUUGAAAAAUUAAGUAAUAAUGUUAAUUUAAAUCAAAAUUUAGAUAAUGAUAUUUAUUCCAAUGAUAAAUCUUCAUUAAAACUAGAAAAAGAAAAUGAAUUAUUAUUCAAAUCACAUUCAGGCAUUUCUUCAAACAUAUUCUUAAAGGAACAAGAUAAAAUAAAUAUAUACUUAAAAAAUAAGUGUAAUGAUAAUUAUAAAUAUAGUAAGAAAGUAGCUCCUCUUGAAAAAACGAGUUUUGAGAACAUUGGUAGAAAAAAAAAUUAUAAAAAUAUAAUUUAUAAUCAAAUAUUUAAUGAAAAUGAAGAGAAAAUAAACUGUGUAAAAAAAAAUUCUCUCAUCAAGAUACAUAAUAAUUAUAAUUCAAAUAACAAAGCUGUACAUAUUACUAAUAAAUUAAAUUAUAAGUCCUACAAAAAUGACCUAACAAAAAUAAAAAGUAAAUGUAAAGAUAAUAAAAUUUACAACAUCAAUAAUAAUACAAAAAUAAAUGAACCCAAUGAGACAAACUUUAUGAAGUUCAUCUCAAAUGAGGACAAUAACUUCUCUGCCGAUGUAAUAAAUUUGGAUACUGUAAACAUUUCUCUCAAUUUAAAAAAGAAGCAGAAAAAAACUAAAAAUGAUCAUGUAACUAAUAAUAUUGCUAAUUCAAAAAUGUACUUAAAUGACGUUUUUUCUUCUAAUAAUACCAAAUCAACUAAUAAAAAAAAAAGAAGCAAUAAAAAUUUUAGUUUAAAUUUAUGUAAUGCAUGUUUAAAUAUUGAUGAUGAAAUUUAUAUAAAACAAAUUAAGGAAAUUAUUGGUAGAGAAAUAAAUUUAUCAGAAGAAGAUCCUUUAAUUGUUUCAGAAUUAAAAAAAUGUAAUAUUUAUAAUUCAUGUAUUUUUAACAAUUUAAAAAAUGCUGGUAAUUUUCGUAAAGGAGGAUUGACAUGGGCGGUCUAUUUUAAUAAUAAUAAAGACAACAAUGAUUAUAAAAAUGAAAUAGAUAGUGAUAUAUUAAAUUAUAAAUCAAAUUAUAAAAAUAGCAUCAAUACAAGAUAUUCAAAGGAAAUGAUAAUAAAUUAUGAUCAGUUAUAUAAGGAAAAACAAACUUUAGAUGUAAGUGUUAGCACUAAUGGAAAUGAAUCUAAAUACAUAGAUUUAAUAAAUCAGAAUAUUUUUUAUAAUGAUAAAUAUAUUAUAGAACCAAUCAUUGAAAACACCUGGCUAAAAAAAGUUUUAUUAAUAAUUAAAAAAGAAUCAUUAGAUUUAGAUUCCUUCUUUUUCAAGUUAAAAUAUUAUUUUUAUAAAUCAGUUUUAUUUUUAUAUCAAGAAGGAAUUAAAUCUUACUUAGGAGAUAUAGCUAACCAAAUGAAAAUUUAUAUUAAUUAUAACUUUUGGUCAGCAUCUGAAAUUGCAUAUAUUUUAUGCCAAUUAACAAAUUUAUGCAAUAUACAAAUUGAGGUGAGAGUAAAAGGAGAAGUUGGUUGUGUUAUUUAUUUAAAUGAGGAACCAAAAGAUUUUCAAGGCUUUGUUGAUAGUCAUGAUUUAAAUGAUACUUUUAGUAAAAAAGAUUGGCUACUAUUACAUGAAUUUGCUAUAAAAAUGAUGCAAUAUAAAAAAGAGAAUAACGAAGAAAUCAAAAAAGAAAGUAACUGUAAAAAUAUUAAAAAUGAUCAAAAAGAUAAUUUUUCUAAUAUACAAGAAGAAGAAAAUAUAGAAAUGGGAAGAAAUUCUGUAGAAAAUAAGUCUUUAGAUGGAUAUUUACAAGAUGAAAACACAUCAUUAGAAUAUAAAGAUUCAAAUUCUUUAAAUAAUCAAACAUGUUCCAUUGCAUGCAUAUAUAAAAAGAAUCAUAUAAAAAAUUUAGAACAAAUGGAAAGAAAAAACGCCCUUAAUAAUAGUAAUAAUAUAAAAAAUAUAACGAAUGAAAAAAUAGAAGAUUUCUUAAAAUGUUCAAACAGUGAUAAUAAAAUGGUAUUGAAUAAUUCUCCUAAUACUAAUGAAUGUAUUUUUUGUUCUCCUUCUAACAAAAAAUUAAAGUCAUAUAUGUUCAAUGGAGGAAGAUAUGCAUUUGCGGCAAAAUUAAAGCAAGAAAUUAAACAUUUUAAGUCUAAAAGAUUAGGAGAUAUUAUACAUUUAGUUCAAUUAGCUAUACAUAAAGGAAUUUUUGUAUAUUCUCAAAGAAUUUUAUUACCAGUUUCCGCUUGUGAAAAAAGUGCUGAUGAUCUUUAUCCCAAAAUUAAAAAUUUUAACUAUGAAAUAUGUGAAACAUUAGGAGAAGUUUUACGCAUUAUUUCUUUAUUAGUGGAUCAUAAACAAAAUGGGUUAGUUUUAGCACAACUAAAGCAGCAGUUUAUUCUUCAAUUUAAAAAAGAACUAAAUAGCAUGCAUUUUGGAUAUAAAAAAUUACAAAAUUUGUUAUUAUCAGAACCUUUUAAUAAAUACUACAAAUUAUACAUACCUAAUUGCAAUUUACAUAGAACUCAUAUUCAACAUAAAAAGUAUAAAACACCUGAAAAUUGUAGAAUUUUUAAAAAGGAAAAUGUAAAUUUAAAAACUGAUUUAGAAUUUAUUAGCAAUCAUGAAUUUUAUAAUGAAUAUGAUUCCAACUCUGAUGAUGAUGAUGAUGAUGAUGACGAUGAUGACGAUGACGAUGAAAAUGACAAUGAUAGUAGUUAUGAAGAAGAUAACACUGAUAUAAAGGAUAAUAAAGAGGAAGAACAACAAAAAGAAGAAAUUAAGGGAGAGAAAAAAGAAAAGAAUGACGAAAAAGAAAAAAUUCAACAAGAACAAAAUAAAGAAAAAACUGAUAUAGACAAAGAAAUUAUUGAAACAUUUGAUUUAGAUGGUAAUGAAAAUGAAGAGAAUAAAUUUUGUGCAUCUGAUAAAAGUUCUAAUGGGAAGAAUAAAAAUAAUGAAGGGAUUGAUAUAGUCGAUAAACAAAAAAAAAACUGUUACAAUAAUAUUAGUAAACCAACAAUACAUAAGUGCGAUGAAAUAAUUAAUAAUAAAAUCUACAAAAAAGAAAAAACUGACAUGUGCAUGCAAAAUGAAGAAUCAUUAAAUGAUUUAACUAAAAAUAAUGUUAAUAAUGAGAAAAAUCACAAUUUUCUAAAGAAUGAUAAAAUUAAGAAUUUUGAAGAUGGUAAUAAUGUGUUGAAUAGUUCUAAUUUAAAUGAAGAAAAUACUAUAGAAUAUGAAAAGGAAGAAAAUAAAAUAUUAUUAUAUACUCAAACUAAAGAAGAGAACAUCAAAAUUGUAGAGAAAAAAAAAGAGGUUUGUUAUGAAAAUAACAACUAUGAAAGUGGCAGAAAAUGUAUUGAAAACAAGAAAGAAUUAAGUGAAAAUAAUAAUGGGAAUCACAAUAAUGCAUUUAAUAGGAUAAAUAAAAAUUGUAUUUCUGUCGAAAAUGAAAAUUCAAAUAAAAGCGAUAAAGAGAAAAUAGAAAAAAAUUUGAAAAAUGUUUUAAAUAAUAACAAUAAUAAAAAUAUAAUUAAUAGUAACAAAAAUAAGAAAUUAUCUACAGAAAAGAAAAAAAUGAAUAAAAAAAUUGAAUUAUGUUAUAAAAAUAUAAAUAGUUUACCACUUUUUAUACAAAAAAGCGUAAAAGCAAUUUUUGAAAAUAAUAAAGAAUACGUAUUUGAAAUAAAUGAUAUGGAAGAUUCUUCUAAUAUAAUAGGUGAUAAUAAAGAUACUGACUAUAGUAAUGAUAUUUAUCUAACUAUAUUUUCUAAAAUAAAGGAUAAAAAAAAAGAGGAAAAUAAAGAAAAAAAUGAAAAAUUAGAAGAAAACAAACAUAUAAAAGAUGUAGUCGUUGAAGAAAAUAAUAAUAUAAUAGAAAAAAAAAAAGAGGAAUCUAAAAUAGUCGAAAAUAAGAAAAUUAAUAUUAUUAACUCUUUAUAUCACAUAGAUUUUGAAACAAAAAAUAAAAAUGUACAAAAAUUUAAUGAAAUAAAAAAGAUUUUUACUAAUGCUGAUAAAAAUAAUUUAGUUGAUAAUGAGAAUAAAGAUGAUGAGACCAACUAUAAUAUUUGGAAUUUCCAUUUUAAAAAGUAUCAUUCCAUCGAUGAUGAUAAAAAAAAUAAUAAUAUAUCAUCAAAUAACGCAACUAUUUCACCAAUUCUAAAUAUAUAUUCUCUAAUAAAAAAAUUUAAGACGAAGAAGAAUAAUUAUGGUUCUUUUUUCAAUGAAAAUAAUGAAACUAAUAAUAAUGAGAGUAAUAAAAAUAUAAAUGACAUUUACCAUUUAGAUUUUAAUAAAAAUAAUAAUAAUAAAGAUGUAAAUUAUAAUUCAAAUUUAGAUAAAAUGAUGACUGGCAAAUCAUCAAUAAACCAGAUGGAAUCUUCUAAUGUAUUCGAGAAUUACACAUUAGAUUUGAUAAAUGCAAAAAAUAUAAAAGUAAAUAAUAAAAAUAAAAUUAAUAAUUUCGAAAAGAUUAAAAUUCAAAAUUUCGAUUGUAAAAUAAAUACUGUAAAAAAAGGAAACUUAAACAAAAAUAAUUUAAAAUUUAAAAGAGGAAAACAAAAUUUUUGUGAUUAUUUAAAUGACACAGAUAAUUAUUUUCUCUUAACCAAUUCUACUAUAGAAAAUUUAAAUAAAGAAAAAAGUAUAAGUAAUCAUAUUAAUGAUAAAAAAAUUAAUUCUUCAGAUCAAGUAAAAAGUAAAUUAUUAUAUGAUAUCAGUAUCAAUGACGCUAAGUUAUAUAAUUAUAAUGAAUCAGACAAUUUAAUAGGGACAUAUUUUAAGGAAAACAGCAAUGAGAUAAAAAUUAAAAAUGAUGAGAAUCUUAAUAUAAUUAAAAAUAAAAAGGAUAUUAACGAAAAAAAAGAACUAUUUAAUAAUAAUAAUAAUAGUAAUAAUAAUAAUAAUAAUAAUAAUAAUAAUAAUAAUAAUAAUAAUAAUAAUAAUAAUAAUAAUAAUAAUAAUUCUACCACUUCUGGUAAUAAUAAAAUUAAUAAGAUAAGUAAUAAUAGUAAUAAUAAUUCUACCACUUCUAGUAAUAAUAAUGUUAUAAAUGAAAAUAUCAAUUUUGAUAAUGAUACUAAAAUAAGUACAAAUAAAAAUAUCUCCAACAUAAUAAAAAUUAUAAAUGGAGAAAUAAUAAAUAAUUUAAAUGAUACAAAAGAAAGGAAUAAUUUAUAUUUUUCGAAAAAUAAUUGUAGUAAUAAUAAAAUUAACGAUAACAACUUAUGUGAUAUAAAUAAUGUAAAUAAUGAAAAAGAAUUAUAUUGUAAAAAUUUAUCAAUAGAUAAUACAAAGAAACAAAAUAAUUUUUACAUAGAGGGGAAGAAUAAUAUUAUAAGAGAAAAUGAAUAUACUAUUUUAAAAAAAUAUAAUAAUAAAUUUGAAAAAUUAGAAAAUUUAAAAAAAACGAACGAUAAUAAUGACUUUGUUGGUAGUUCAGAAAAUAAUAAUAAUAAUAGUAGUAAUAUUAUAAACAUAAAUGAAUAUAAUACUAAUGAUAUAGAUAAAAAAGAUAACAUUAACGAUAAUAAUUGUAUUAUUACUAGUAAUAAUAUAAAUUAUAUUGAUAAUAAAGGUGAUGAUGAUAAUGUAGAUAAUAAUAUUUUCACAGAUGAUAUAAUUUAUUUUUCAUCAAAUUAUAAUAACAGGAAUAAAAAAAAUUAUAAUAACUCAAUUAAUGAAAUUGAAAAAAAAAAUAUAAAUUUUAAUAAGUCAAAAUUUGAAGAGAAUACUAAAAUGAUCAAUAAAAUGUUACAUAUAAAUAAAAUUACAAAUGAAAAAAACAAUAAUAACGAAGAAGAUUUUCACAUCGACUAUUCUACUGUUAAAAAUAAUUUAAAUUUUAAUUCUUCAAUCAAAAGAAAUUGUAAUGAUUUAUUUCAAAUAGAAAAUACAAAAGAGAACAAUCAUUUUAUCAACGAAGAAUUAAAGGAAAAAAAUAUAGUUAAUAAUUCAUCAUUUGUAAAAAACUAUUUAAAAAAUAAUAAAUUAGAUAAUAUCAAUUAUAGUACUUUUUAUAAUAAUUCUAAGAAAAUGUUAGUCCAUAGAGAUAAUAUUCCUUAUAAUUUUCAGAAUAUCAUUAAAACAGUAGAUAAACAGACAGACAAAAAAUAUAAUCUAAUAAAUUAUUUUUGUGAUACGAAUAAUGCUAGCAAUAUAAAUAAUAAUCAUACAAAUAAUGUGAAUUAUGUUGAUAUAAAUGAUAAUAAUGAAAAGAACUAUAUUAGCAGGGAUGAUAGUUUUAAUAGAAAAUACAAUGAUAAAGAGAAUAUUUAUAUUGAUAAUGAAGGAGAUUAUAUAAAUAACAAGGAUUAUUUUUACUUUAACAAUGAUAAUAAUUAUACAAACAUAGACGAAAAUUUUUACAGAAAUAAUAAUGAAGUUAACUAUAUAAAUAACAAUGAAAAUUUAUAUUUUAAUAACUAUAAUUAUAAAAAUAAUGACGAUAAAUUUUAUAAUAAUGUAGAUGAAAGCAAUUGUAAUAAUAAGGAAGUUUAUAAUAUUACUGAUAAUGCAAAUAAUAAUAUUGAAACAAAAGAUAUUAAUAAUUAUAACUAUGUUAAAAAUUUUAGUUACCAAAAAUACAAUAUAAAUUCUAUUUGUAGCAAGAAUAAUUACAAUAAACGUAGAAGUAACAAUAACAAUAGUAAUAAUAUUAAUAAUAAUGACAAUAUAAGUAUUAGAACUAAUAAUUAUGAUAACAAUAAUAAUAAUAAUAAUGAUAGUAAUAGUAACAAUAAUGAUAGUAGUAAUAAUAUCAAUAGUAAUAUUAAUAAUAUUAAUUAUAAAGACAGUAAUUAUGGUUAUCAAAAUAAUAAAAAUUUUAUAUAUAUAGAAAAAGAGAAUAAUAAUAUAAAUGAUGAAAAACAUAUAUACAAUGAAAAUAGUUUAUAUGAAAAUGAAAAUUUAAAAAUUAAUGAUAAGGGUGUAAAUAAAAUUUAUUGCAAUCAAAUAAAUAAAAGCACAAUAAUAAAUAGUAAUAAAUUAAAGAGUAACAAUAUGAAUACAGAUCUCUUCAACAAAGAUAGUUACAAUUCGUGUAAUAAUAUAAUAAGUUUUAAAAAUUUAAAUAAUUAUGAAUAUGAUGAAAAUGAUAAGUUAAAAAUAAAGCACAAUACUAAUGAAAAAAAUUCAUCAAAUUAUUUAAUUGAAUUAAAUGAUUUUUCAAAUACAAAUGAAGAAUCUAAAAUAUAUCGUAAAAAUAAAAAUACAAAAAAAUGUUAUACCUUAAAUAAUAACGAAAACUUUAAAAAAAUAAAUGCUAGAAAUAAUUAUCAAGAAUAUUUAGAUUAUUCAUAUAAAAAUGAUAAUAUAAAAAAUGGAAAUAUUGACUUAAUAGAAUAUAAAAAUGAUCAAACCAAUAGCUCCUUUUUUUUACAAGAAAGUAUAAAUGAUAUAGUUAUUCCUAAAAGUACAAAUAUAAAUAAACAUAAUUAUAUAGAAAAGGAAUUAAACAUGCAAUAUAAAAAAAAUAAUUUCCUAUAUGGAUCCUUAGAAGAAGAAUUUAGAUUGAAUGAACAAAACAAUUUUAUUGAGAAUAAUUAUUUAUUGGAUAAAUAUAAAAGUAAUAAAAAAAAUAUGUUAUUUAAUAAGAGCGUUUUAUUAAAUAAUUGUAGUACUAUUAAAAAAAACAUUUCAAAUAAUAAUGUAUUUUUAUUAGAUCAACAUAAUAAAAUUAGAAAAAAUAAUUUUACAGAAUGCAAUAAUUUAGAUAUACUUCAAAAUAAUAAUAUAAUAAAUGAAAAAAAGCAUAAUAAUAAAAAAUAUUAUAAUAUGGAAAAUUACCAUUAUAUUCCAAAUAAAACAGGAAAUUAUAAUAAAAUAUGUAAAAUAAAAAAUGUUUUUUCAGAAAGCUUUGAUAAUAAAUACUUCAAAAAUGAUACAAAAAAAAUGUUUGAUAUGAAUAUGAACCUAUCUGAAAGCAAAAAUAUCAAUGAUGUACACUUUUUAAAUGAUACAAAAAAAUAUUCUUUAUUAAUAAAAAAAAAAAAAAAUAUACAUACAGACAAUCAUUUUUUAGAGGAUAAUAAUAAUAUAAAAAAUAAAAUAUCCUUUAGUAAAAUUAGAAAUAAUUAUUUUAAAAGUAAAAAUAUUAUAUAA